AUGAAACCUUUCUCGCAGUUUUGGCCUGUCUGGCAAAGAGAUACCAAGCGUCCCGCAUAUCUGGCCAAGGCCGCAGUCCUUAUCCUUUUGGCACAAGGCGGAGCCAUUUGGAACGCAGACUCCAAGAGGGCUGCACACACGUCCAAUGCCACAGUUGCCACCUGCAGUGCACGUAUCCGCGCCUUUAGGGAUACACACGCUGGAUGGGCCGCAGAUGAACCCGAUGCCACAGUCGCUAUCCGUGGUGCACUUGGGGUCCGGAACGCAGAUACCAUUCGAUCCGCACACUUGACCGGGGCCACAAUUUGCGUUCGACUGACAAGACCCUUCGACUUCGGGAAUGCAGGUUCCGGCCGGGCCACAUUCAAAACGUGGCGGGCAGUCACCUUUGACAGUACAGCUGUUACCACUUCCCGUGAUGCAGAUGCCAAGGGGACCGCAGACGAGGCCGAAGUCACAGUUUUCGAUACACUUCUUGGUAGGCCCGCAGAUGAAUCCAGCAGCGCAGUCCUGGUCGACGGUGCAGCUGCCGCUGGUAUCUGGGACACAUGUACCGAGUGGUCCGCAGAUAAAGCCGAAGUCACACUUCCGGUUUGUAUCACAGAGUGGAGAGUCGUCGGAAACGCAGACACCAGUCGAACUGCACACCUGUCCAGUCUUGCAGGGCCGGGUCGGGCCACAGACAUCUGGAGUAGAAGGGAUGCAGACCUUUGA